CUGCGCCACCGCCAACUCCCGCACCUUAUCUACAAAUUCGUCCACCAAUUCGCGCCAGACGAGCCAGCGACUGCGAUCAUCACACAGGAGCGUCUCGGUGGCGGCAGCUACGGCGACGUACACAUGGGCAUGUACAAGAACAAGCGCGUCGCGAUCAAGUCGGCCAAGAACCGUCACGCCGUUCGCGAUCUUCUCGCUGAAAUCGACGCCAUUCAAACGUGCAACUCGCCGUACUUGAUCGAGCUUAUCGCGGCCUCGGAGCAGUACAGUGACUACCCCAAGCUCCCCAAGCUCGUGCUCGAGUACAUGGACGGUGGCGACCUCCACCAGUACCUCGACAAGAAGCGCAAGGGCGAGCCCGUUCCGUUCGACUACUCGACGCUCGAUAUUGCGUGGGUCAUUGCCAACGCUUUGGCCGACCUCCACCGGAAUGGCUUUAUGCACCGCGACCUCAAGAGCCGCAACGUGCUUCUCUCGUCCACAAACUACAUCAAGGUGGCCGACUUUGGCCUCACGAGAGAAAUCGACCCAAACAUGACGGUUGGGGCUGGUACGUGUGCGUGGAUCGCACCCGAAGUGUUUGGCGAGAGCGGCUCGUACGACUAUGCGGCCGACAUUUACUCGUUCGGCGUCAUUUUGACGGAGCUCGAGACGCUCCAGGAGCCGUAUGCAGGCAUGACCCGCUACGACAUUACUGCUGGCGUUCGCAGCGGCCGGUUGCGUCCGUCGGUGAGCUCCAACUGCGCGCCGUGGUUCAAGGAGCUCGUUGACGACUGCUUGUCGUUCGACCCAACGAAGCGCCCGACCCCCAUUGCGAUCAUCGACAGUCUCUUGCUGCAGAAGAGCACCGACCUACUGCAGAAGCCGUUGAGCAGCCGCGAAGGCACGUCGAUGGCCUUGACCCACUCGGGCAGCAGCAGCUCCACCUCGUCCAUGUCGUCGUCCUCGUCCCGGGCGAUGUCCAGUCGUAUACCGUGUCCAGUGUGCAAGACGCGCCACGCUGCAUCUCUCGAGCGCUGCAGCAAGUGCGGCGAAAUGCUGCCGGACGCAUCGGCCAAGCUCACGCUCUUGCUCAAGCGCGCCGAGGUGGCCAAUGCCAAGGGCUUCUCGGUCGACCUCUCAAUCGAAUGCGACUGCGAGACGACCAACGCGAUGACGGCGGCGACGUGCUCCUAUUGCGGCAGGAAGCUUCCGAACGACGCGGAGAAGCUGCGCAUCCUCGUGCGUCGCUUGGACCUCGCGAUCAGCGCCGCGUAAGCUGCACCCGAGGGGUCUUUCUUGGCUCCAUUCCGAGGACUCUUUUCCAUUUCCAUCUCUUCCAAAUAGUACGUUUUUGCC